GGAUCACGUGUCACUCACAUGACCUUCUCCGCACCAGUCUCCCCAUUAUUAGAUUGCAAUACCCUUUCCACCGUCGCAGAUUCCGGCGAUAUCGUCUCGUUCGUCUCCUUAAUGGAAUCCAUGGGAGCAUCACCGGAAGAUCAGACGGAGGUGGUCGCCUCGUUCCUCUCCGACACCGACGCGAAGGUGUUCGUCGCCGGCCACCGAGGCCUCGUCGGCUCCGCCAUCCACCGCAAGCUCGUCGCUCUCGGAUUCACUAAACUCCUCCUUCGCACCCACGCCGAGGUCGAUCUCACUCGCCAGGCCGACGUCGAGGCUUUCUUCGCCGCCGAACGCCCUCGCUACGUCAUCGUCGCCGCUGCCAAGGUCGGUGGCAUCCACGCUAAUUCCACCUACCCCGCCGAUUUCAUCGCCGUCAACCUACAGAUCCAGACCAACAUUAUCGAUGCCUCCCUCCGCUGCACCGGCGGAGCCGUCAGCAAACUCUUCUUUCUCGGCUCUUCCUGCAUCUACCCCAAGCACGCCCCCCAGCCGAUCCCGGAAUCCGCCCUCCUCUCCGGCCCGCUCGAGCCUACCAACGAGUGGUAUGCCGUCGCGAAAAUUGCUGGCAUCAAGAUGUGCCAAGCCUACCGGAUCCAGCACGGCCUCGACGCAAUCUCCGCCAUGCCCACCAACCUCUACGGCCCUCAGGACAAUUUCCACCCGGAGAAUUCCCACGUUCUCCCGGCACUGAUCCGACGCUUCCACAACGCGAAGAUCUCUGGCGCUAAUGAGGUCGUCGUCUGGGGCACCGGUUCUCCACUGCGCGAGUUCCUCCACGUCGAUGAUCUUGCCGACGCGGUGGUCUUCCUAAUGGACCGGUACUCCGGCUUAGAGCACGUCAAUGUUGGGAGUGGUAAGGAGGUGACAAUAAAAGAACUCGCGGAGCUUGUGAAGGAGGUGGUCGGCUUCCAGGGUGAUCUUGUGUGGGACAAGACGAAGCCCGAUGGGACGCCGAGAAAACUCAUGGACAGCUCUAUGCUGGCUGGAAUGGGGUGGGAGGCUAAGAUCCCCCUCCGCGAAGGACUGGCAGAUACCUACAAGUGGUACGUUGAUAAUGUUGUGGACAAUUAACCAUCAUUUGUUGUUCUGUUGCAGUAUUAUUUUUAUCAUGUUUCAUUAUGCUUUUGGGACUAGAAUUCAAUCUUCUAUAGUUACCUAUUUGCGAUGAUUUAUAAGAGUUCUACCUCCUUUCUGUUGAUUUUGUCUUAUCAAGAGAAUAGAUCUAUGAAAAUAAAUUUGGAAUUGGAUG